AUGCAUUUAUAUAGAAGACAGUCCUUUGGGUAGAUGCAAUCAAUCUCUAUUUUGAUUGUGCUGGGAAUGGUUGUGGAAGGAGUGACGCCGUGGAAGAAGUAAGCGGCGGUCGUCACGCCGGAAGUGUUGGUGAUGUAUAGCGGCUGAGAGCAUAUCUUUGGAAAUGGAUCCGCUGACUUUCGCUGUGCUGAGCAACUACCUGGCGUGCUUGAGCAAGGAUCUGACCUCCGCUGCUGUCCGAGGAGCGAUAACAGCCGUCAACAAGAGUCAAGGAUCCAAAAGCAUUGAUAUCGAACAUGAGUUCGAUAACCUGAGGAAGGAGCUCAGGAGCAUGCAGUGCUUACUACGUGACGAGGAGCAACGGAAACAAGACAGCGAGUCCCAGGCGAAUUGGGUGGAGGAGGUGAAGGAAACAGCGCAGGACGUCGAAGACAUGAUGGAUCUGAUCGUCUACUUCGGUCACUGCCAAGAGUGGGAUAAAUCGUGGAACUCCCACGCCUCAGACUACAUCGGCACCCGUUUGACCAAAGUCAAAGAAGAAUUCGAAAAUAUUAAACAAAGAAGAGACCGAUACCUGCCACAACUCUUGAUGCGCAGAGAAGAACAGAGCUACCACGGUGGCUGUCAGAUGUGGCAGCCACAUGAGGAGCUGCCUCACGAAACCACGGGCACUGAUGUGGUGGGAAUGGAGCAAAACGAAGCCAGAGUCAUUGCAUGGCUCCUUGGUGAGACUGACGACGCCCCGAGGAACAUGGUGAUCUCGAUUUGUGGUAUGGGCGGCCUGGGCAAGACUUGCCUGGCCAGGAGAGUCUACAACGACCAGCAUGUCAGGGGACACUUCGAUUGCUUUGCUUGGGUUUCCAUCUCCAAAACCUACAACGCUGAGGAGCCGUUGCGAAGCAUCGUAAGGCAGAUCAUAGGCAACCGCGAGGUGCAGGGGACACCAGACGAGCUCGACGAGUGCCUUCAUCAGAAGAGGUACGUGAUCGUGUUAGAUGAUGUGUGGAGCAGAAACGCAUGUAAUGACUUUUCUUAUCUCCUGCAAAACGGUAAAGUGGGCAGUAGGGUCAUCGUCACCACAAGAGACCACCACGUAGCUGCCUCGCUAUGCAUCGACAGCCAUAUCUUGAACCUCCAGCCUUUGCCUGAAUCCGAAGCUUGGUCUCUUUUCUGCAAGAAGGCUUUCUGGAUAGAUCCUAAUAAGUCUUGCCCCAAAGAUUUAGAGGACUGGGCUCGAAAAAUUGUAGCGAAGUGUGAAGGCUUGCCUUUAGCUGUCCUUACACUAGGAAGCUUGUUGUCGUCCAAAGAUCGGAGUCCUUUGACUUGGAAGCGCUUCUACAAUGGUAUCGGCUCAGAGUUGAGCAACAACGAGAUGCUCGUAACCAUGUCGCGCAUCUUGAUGCUUAGCUACGCUGAUCUACCGAACCAUCUCAAGCAGUGCUACUUGCACUGUGGUAGCCUCUUUCCGGAGAACCAUGUGAUCAAGAAAAAUUGGCUCCUCAGGUUGUGGGUAGCGGAGGGACUCGUGGAGGACAUACAUGGAAUGACAUCGGAGGAAGUCGCAGAGGGCUACUUCGAUGAGCUGAUCCUUCGUAGCAUGCUCCAAGUGGCAAGGAAGGAUGAAUCCGGCAAAGUCAAAGCCUGCCGAAUGCACAUCCUCAUGAGAGAGGUAACCCUAUGUGUAUCCAAAGGCCACAAACUCUGUGCGGUUUUGGAUGAGCAAGGAGCGAAAGUAGAUGAUGUCAAAGCGCGUCGCCUGUCCGUCCAGAUCGGCAUUGAGAAAGCCCCGGCUGUCCCGCCAAAUAAUAAGAAGGAGGAGGCUCCGUUGUCUCGCCUUCGAUCUCUUCUCUUCUUCGUCGAUGACCAAGCUUCUGCUGCUUCUUUCCUAACCAUGUCCCCAAAUCUUAUGCUGUUGAAGGUGCUAGAACUGAGAAAUGUUCCUAUCGACCAUGUCCCGGGUGAAGUGUUCGAUCUGUUCAAUCUAAGGUACUUGAGCUUAAGGGACACAAAUGUUGAAGUGCUCCCCAAAUAUGUCAAAAGACUUAAGAUGCUCGAGACCUUGGAUCUGAGGGGAACCAAGGUGAUUUGUCUUCCCCAUGAAGUGGCUAAGCUCAAGGAACUGCGGCAUCUGCUAAUGGACUGUGUUUAUGUACUAAAGAAGCUAAAAAAAGGGAGGGGUAUAAUUAAUUUAGUAUCCGAUCAGGCAACCGUGAAGAAGAUUGACGACAUACUGAAUCAAAAAGCACCAAGGAUAAAAACAGAUACCAUUUCGUGGAUACGGGAUAUGAAAGGCUUGCUGACUCUGAAAACAGUCGAAGCAGAUGAGAGGCUCAUCGCUGAAAUAGCUGCGCUGGUCCGAAUGAGACGCCUUGGACUUACGAACGUGCAUGCGGAAGACGGGAUUCAGCUGUGCGAUUCCAUUAGCAAGAUGGGCCAGCUUCUCUCCCUCACUAUCGACGCGGCAUCCGACGAGGCACUGAUGUUGGACUACUUGCCUUCUCCUCCACCUCACCUCCGCAAGCUUGUAUUGGAUGGGCAGCUGUGGAAAGUCCCUCCAUGGUUCAAUCUCCUAAGCAGCCUAACCCACUUGUACUUACUGGAUUCUCAACUGAAAGCUACCUGCAACCCCAUUCCUCAUCUUGAGAAACUAGAUAGUCUGGUCCACCUCACGCUGCGAAGGGCAUACAACGGAGAGCAGCUGCGCUUCCGUGCAAACAUGUUCUUGCGUCUGAAGUCACUUAAUAUUGCAGAGUUGAAACGCCUGAGUCAGCUGGACAUGGAGGAAAAGGCUCUGCAGAGCUUGACUUUGCUGCAUCUUAGCCGCUGCAGGGAUCUACAGGGAGAAGGACUUUGUGGCAUCGACAACCUUCCCGCUCUUCGCCAUCUAUACUUGCAAGAUAUGCCUGAAAGCCUUAUGUCGAGCCUUGAAGGAGACCAUCGACUGAAGGCGAGCACUGGCUGGGAGUCUAUCUCAAAGUCGAUGUCGUGGCUUUGACACAGCGGACGGCAACGUCGGAUCCCAUGACUGAAGUCAAGACCACGAUGUUACUCCUAUUACUAUAUUUGCUCUUUGCUCAGUGAUGUUGUGUGUGGUCUUCUUUUAUGUUUCUCCCUUGUCUGAAGAAUAACAUUGUUGUGUCUGCUGAUUUGUGUUUUUCUAUCACGUGUAAGUUGUAACAUUUGUGUCUAUAGUUGCAAGGAGCAAAUGUUUGUGUUA